UAUUCAGGUCCCAAGCCGAUACACCGAUAGUUUUAGUACCACUGACGUGUUGAAGUCAAAUCCUACAGUGGUACUGAAUUAUGCAUAAUCAGCUGUUUAAUCUACAAAAAUAAAAAAAAAAAAUAGCAAAAAUUACGAGACUACCACAAAUGGUGAAAAAUAAUAAUUAUUAUAAUAAAUAUCAAUAACUUAAAUUGUUUCGAUUUAUACCGGCAAUGCUACGCUUCCUGCACAAGUCAAGAGUGCAUUGGAUGCGCCUGUCUCGUUUUCGUUACCAUUCAACAAGCGGAAAAGGUGGUGCAGAUGCCGGUGAAUCUGCGCGGAAACAACGACUGAAGUCUACUCUUUACUACUUGACCGCUGGUGGUAUAUUUGCUGCAGGUGCUAGCUAUGCUGCAGUGCCUCUUUAUCGCAUGUUCUGUCAGGCCUACAGUUACGGCGGCACAACAACACAGGGGCACGAUGCGGAUAAAGUAGAGACAAUGCAAAAAAUUGAAGAUCGUAUACUAAAAAUACGUUUCAAUGCAGAUAUAGCAGCGUCGAUGCGCUGGAAUUUCAAGCCACAACAAUAUGAAAUUAAAGUUGUGCCUGGCGAAACGGCGUUGGCUUUCUACACAGCUCGUAAUCCAACGGAUCACCCAGUUACAGGUAUAAGCACCUACAAUGUUCUUCCAUUCGAGGCUGGCGCGUACUUUAAUAAAAUACAAUGUUUUUGCUUUGAAGAGCAGCAACUCAAUCCGCAUGAAGAGGUGGAUAUGCCCGUGUUUUUCUAUAUCGACCCUGAAUUUACCAGGGAUCCAAAGCUGGAAAAUGUCGAUACAAUAACGUUGUCGUAUACUUUCUUUGAAUCAAAGGAAGGUUUGAAGUUACAAAUGCCCAGCUAUGCGAGACCGCAUGUAGCGUGAUGGAGACCCAUCCAUGUUUUGUUUUAAAUUUAGCACAUUAGGAGAAAGCAUCCGAAUUAAUUAAUUAAAUUUAUUUACCCUCGACUGCUCCGUUGUAAAUAAACUUCUUAGUAAAUAGAGUAUGACUUUGGUUAUAUAAGUUAAAAAGCAAUGCAAAACCCCUUACUAGUAUAUACGUACAUGACGUUUGCAAUAUUAAAUAUGAAUUUGCUGAUUUUAAAA